AUGUGCAUUAGGUUCACGAAUCUCAUCCAGGGCAGCGUCCCGUUCUUCGCGGUGUCCUUGCUCGUGCGGAUCGCCGAGGGGCUCGGUUACGGCAUCUUCACGACUGCGAGCUACACCAUCAUCUUCAAAAUGUUUCCCGACUCUUUCGCCAAAAUCAUCGGCCUGCUGGAAACCUUCGCCGGCAUCGGACUGGCAGCGGGGCCUGCACUCGGAGGCGCUCUGAACGAGCCGCCAGCCGUUCAAUUCACGGUCGCGCACCUGCCAGCUGUCAAACGCCAGUCCCUCCAAUUGCCAGCCAGGGCAGUGCUUGGUCUCUCCAAUCCCCAGCCCACCAAACUGCGGUCAGGUCACCCGAUUGUCGAGGAACCCCAACAAUCCGUGACCGGACCGCAGUUUGGUGGGCUGGGGAUUGGAGAGACCAAGCACUGCCCUGGCUGGCAAUUGGAGGGACCAGCGUUUGAUGGCUGGCGGGUGCGCGACCGUGAAUUGAACGGCUGGCGGCUGACCGGACAUGCUUUUGCGGUCGGUGGGUUCUUUGCGCCUUUCAUGUUUCUCGGCGGACUCUUCCUCGUCACAAGUGUGAUGCUCAUCUGCGCCGUCCCUCCGGAACACAAAUACGUGGCCUCCGGGACUAGUAGCGAUGACAAGCACGUGGCCGACAACGGGAUGAGGGGCAAGCAUCUGUUCAUGGACGUCCAAGCCUUGCUCUCCAUCAUCCACGUGUUCUAUGCCAGUUUCAUGUUCUCCUACGCGUUUCCGGUCCUCGAGCCUCACCUGACUGAAGAGCACAAAUUGUCGGCGAUGAACGUGGCGUUGGUGUUCUGCGCUAUCCUGGGCCCCUACGCCGUCAGCACCCUGGUGGCGGGACACUUGAUCCACAAGGUGCCGGGCAGCCUGUGGCUGAGCAUCGGCGGAGGCUGGCUGAGUCUCACCAUCGGCUACUUGCUGCUGGGGCCGUCGCUCAUGGAGUCCAUCAUCCCGGGGGACCUGUGGGUCAAGAUCGUGGCGCUGGUGCUGGUGGGGUCGGGUCUGGGGCUCACAACGGUGCCCACUUUCGAAGCACUCCGGAGAGCUGCUAUGGAAGCUGGAUUCAGCGACGACAUCAAAACAUACGGCAUCAUUUCGGGAACAUUCAAUGCCUUCUACUGCCUCGGGGAGGCGGUUGGUCCGGUUGUGGCAGGGUUUGUCGACGACCUCAAGGGAUUCCAAUUCACUAUGCUCGUGGCUAUGAUCGAGUGCGGGUGCUUGGUGGCGCUGAGUGUUCUCUCGCAUCUCUUGUCGGUGUACCCAGGCAUGCGCUGCCAACGACGGGAGGCACAACAAGAGCCGCCUGCUGCUGCAGAAGCUAGGAAGUCAUCUUUGAUCAGUCCCAGGGAUUCUUCGCCGGCAGAGCAAGCCCUCGAUUCGGAAACCAAAUUAUGAAAAUCGUUCCUAUAGAACUAUACUGUAAAUGCUUCUUGAAAAUAAAUGCCCGACAGGUUAUGAUCAGCA